GUAUACCAUGUACAUGUACUUGUAGAAAUAAAGAUAAUUAUUAUUAUUACUUUAAAAGUGGCGGGUUAUGAUGUGACCAUCAGCUGACUGAGUGUUGUGUCGACGCAGAUCAAAACAAAGCCAGAGAUGAACGCUAACACGCAGGUGCUCGAACUGAAUGUGGAGGGUAGACAGGUGGAUGAAGCAGUUUUAAGUCUGUUCCACACACUGCUGUUUCAUCGAUCCACAGGAAAAUUCCAUUACAAGAAUGAUGACACAUAUGCUGUUGGUACCAUUGGUUUCCAAGAUGUGGACUGUGAUUUCAUUGAUUUUACUUAUGUACGUUGUUCAUCAGAAGAAUUGGACAAAAACAUCCGCCGUGAAGUGAGUGGCUUCUGUGAAGCCAUCCGAGCUCCUGAUGCUCCAUCCAGUGGCCAGGUUGCCUUAGAAUUUUAUCAGCGAAAACGUGGAAGAUGGCCAUUUGCUACAGAAAGUAUUCCUUGGGAAGUGUGGACACUGAGGGUGAAUGUAGUUUCUUUAAAUAAUGAACAUGAGCGACAGAUCUGGCGAGAAAAAGUCGGGGAAUCUCUUGGAGAUAGAUUACUACAUAUAACAGACACAUUGAAUCGCCAUGAUUAUAUCCCAUCACCUCCAAAUCAGGCAGAAAUUGAUUUUAUAUAUGACACAACUUUCCCAGAUGUCCAACCUUUCCUUUUUAAGGUAAACUAUAGUGUUUCAGCCCCCAGUAAUCCAUCAGCAACCACUACAUUCAAGAAGCUAAUAAGAGAUACUUUAGCACUAUAACAUUGGCUGUACAUUAGGUUACUUCAGCUUUCGUCCUGUGCUGCUUGCAGAAGACGUCAUUGGGGAGGCUUUUGUUGCCUUGGUAUUCUGAGGCUCUGAAGUGUGGUAAGGCCCAAAAUGAUUUGGAGUACUCUCUUGCAAGGAAGUUGGAUGUCCAUUAUGAAGUCAGUAUGUGGUCUGAUGGCAGACCAUCAGUCUUGUUUCUUCUUUCUGAGUUCAUAAGAACCAUAAUAACUUAUUGCAUCAGAUUUAGGUACAAUUGUUUAUAUACAAAUAUAUAAAUAUAUAUAUAAUACUGUAUGAUGCAUUGAAUGAUGGGAGACAAGUAAAUUAGGGUUUGAAUAAUUACCUGGGGUCAAUAUUAAACUUUUUUUAGUGACCUGUGAAAAAAAAAAGAUAGUGAUAUAUUUAGGUGCCGAUAUUUUUCACAGUGCUAAUAGUCUACAUGUAUCAUUUGUAAUAAUUAUAUUGCCAGUGCUGCAGUAGUUGCAGAUGACCUAUUUGCUUAUAGAUCUUUUAUGCUGAAAUCAACAAAGUACUGUAAGUUACCGUACCUGCUGUUUUCUCUACUCAGCAGUAAUUGCAUUUUGACUUAGUCACAAACUAGAUUAUAGUUUAGUCAUAAAUAUUAAAACAUCGCAUUCAACAUACUCAGUUUUCUCUUUUUUUUUUACCUGAAAUUAUUGUGCAGAAGCACAUCAUGUGGCUAGUUUUUAAAGUUUCUAAUUGAAACUUUGAUUGCAUUCCCUAGUAACAAGGGCAUGUGCUGAAGUAAAUAUUUAAUCUAUAUUUUAGAUAUAAGUUAAACCAAGUUCUAAAAGUUUGGUAUGAGGGAUACUGAACCACUGAGAAUAUUUCAUGCAGCGAAACCUUUCUCUUGGUUUAUUUUUGUAUAAAAUUCCUGCAUCUGUUAUUCAGCUUUCUCAUAGGAUGUCAUUGAGUGAAUUGAAUCACCACUUCAUUCCAUACAUGCCUGGAUAACAGUUCUCUUCAUUUGAUUGUUUUCAGUAUUUUUUUUUAAAUUCAUGUAAUAUGUGGAAUGGGCCCUCAUACAUGCUUUUGUUAUGAUAAAAGCAGGGAUAGCCAAAUAUGGCUUAACAUAUUCACUUGAGUACUGCAAUGUUUCCAGUGAAACUGUGUUGCUCUUCAUUAAUAUUUAGUGAUUCUAUACAGUGACAUAUUGAAAAAUGAAGUAAAGUUAUAUCAUACGUAGCAACCAAUUGAUAUGGCUUUAUUACUACUAGCUUAGUCCAACAAAUAAUGAUUUGUUGCAAAAUUCAGAAGAAAAAUUCUUCUAUAUUUUUGUUUGAUCAUGCUGAUUACAGUUUAGAUUUAAAUCAAGCUGUAAUACAUUAUAUUUUUACUAAUGCACUCAGUAUUGUACAGUUUGAAGAAAUACUCUUGUGACUUCUAAAUUGUUGUCUAUUCUUGAGUGACAUGCAUACAUAAAAUGUUACUGGAUUAACUCUACAUUAACUUUACUUUUGAAAGUGCAUUGCCAAAAUUUAAUUAUUAGUCAUUUUUUCCAUGUGCCAAAAAUAUCCUGUUAAAUAUGUCACUUAGAUCACAGAAAUAUAUUUUAUGUCAAAUUUUGCUAAAUACUGCAUCAUAGUCAGACUUGAAACAUUUUGGUUCACAAGCUUGAUUUGAAUAUGCAAGAAAGGUCUUGUUGACUUUGCUGGAUACUUUCUGUCCAUGAAAGACAAUUCAGAAAUUUGAAUAUUUAUAUCUUUAAUAAUUGUAUAAUGUUAAUAUAUGUAUUUCUAAAGCUAUGAGAUAAAUCCUAUUAAGAUUUCUAUUUGAAGUCUAAUUAUAAUUUAUACAUGUAAUUUUAUAAUUUAUUAUUGAUCAUAACACUUGUGGAAAGGUGAAAUCACUUGAAAUAUUUCUUUAUCACACUCAGAAGAGUUUCUUUUCUUGUAAUCACAAUGCUGUUACUUGUAAGAGCUGAAAAAGGCACUGAAUGUGCCUGUAGUGGAAAUAAAAUAUUUUUGUAAAGGCAACAA